ACGAGGAUUCAUGCACAUCUCAACCGCCCGGAAAAAAAGAAGUUUGAAAACCAAAUCACCGAGGAUGGUGUUUAUGCCAUUCGAAAUGUGCAUGUUCACGACAACUAUCAAAGUUUGAAAACAACCGCACAUGAUAAGCUCUUGGGUUUUUUCAGAGAUACUGAAGUGAAAACUUUGAAUCGGAGUGAUUUUCCACGGAUCAUGUUUGAUUUAAAACCAUUUCGAGUUCUUCAAAGCCAACCAUGUUUGAAUGAUCAAGUUUUGAUUGACGUGAUUGGAAAGAUUGUUGCCCGAACUAAGCCCUGUCCCUACUGGAUUGUUCGUAAGAUUGCUUCAAUGAAUGAUUCGGGCACUGGUGCUAUUUGGGAUGCACCGACUGCAACAAAAAGGUUCAAGUUCAAUGUUCGGGUCUAUGAUUCCACCAGUCAUGCUUCAUUCAUCCUUUGGGAUAGGGAGUGCAAGGGAAUUUUAGGUGCAAGUGCUUUUGUGCUCAGGGAAAUUAUGCUUGAGAAAAAUAUGGACCAAAAUUUCCUUCCGAUAGAGCUUAAUCGUUUGCUAGGUGUACGUGGGUUGUUUCACGUCAUUUUGAAAGCCGAACUUGGGAGUCCAUACUGGAGUGGACCAAGAGCCUUUGGAGUUAGAUCGUUGGUCACGGAUGCAAAGAUAAUGAGCAGAUUUAAAGAGUUUCUUGAGUGUGAAGAGGAAGGAUUUGAUGAAGAAAGUGAGGGUCUAUGGGCAUCUCUUGAGGAUUUAAGUGAGAAGGUUCAUGAAGUGAUUGCCUCGAAUGACCCCAGCUCCAGCCAGAGUGUGAACCAGAAGCAUAGAAGGAUUGAUGACUUGGACAAGACUGACUCGGUGAAAAGAGAGCUUUUUGAUGACAUGUCAACAACUCAAUGCAAGAAAAGCAAGAAGGAUAAUCCAAGCCAGUGAACAUCGAUCAACUGUUAUGUGUUUAUUCAUCAAAUGAACCGCCUCUGUUUUUUUGUUGUUGUUUUUUAUUUCGUUGGUGGUCUGCAUUUCCUAGGCAACCGUCCUAGAGUACUUUAAAUGUUUGUUUCUAUGAACCGCCUCUGUUUUUUGUUUUUUUUUGUUAUUUCGUAGGUGGUCUACUUUUCCUAGGCGACGUCAUAAAGUGUUACAAAUGUU